AUGGCCGAUACUGCUAACACCCAUCAUGAGAACGUCGUGCAGCUCAGCAAAGCGGUGUCCGCGGGGGUUCAGAGGAGCCUCGGCGGUAUGAGCAUACCUGAUAUACGAGUUGCGGGAGAGCUUACGACGGCUGUAGUCAUGCUCAGGUCCGCUCUGAAUGCUGCUGUGCCUUUCCACCGCUUGCCCCCCGAGAUCAUGAAGGCGAUAUUCUGGCUCGUGCCCACGAUGCAAUACCAUCUCGUUGGUCGUAACAGCCAAUCCCACAUCGUGGAUAUCUGGGAGCGCCGCCACUACGCACGCAUGAACGAGCUGUUCACGCUCAUGCUUGUGUGCCGCCAUUGGAGGGAUAUCGUGGCAGCGAUCCCGUCCUUCUGGAACACCAUCAAUCAGGCACACCAAUCAAGCCGGACGACGUUCCUAGAGCGGUCACGGGAAUACGCGCGGCUUGUAGCGAUAUACCAUUGCAACAUAACGGCUACUACCGCGCAGGAAUACCUCGGGUUCCUCGCGCCAGCCCUUGAAGUUCUGGACUUAUCGAAUAGCUGGUUCUUCGGACGCCGGAUUCUCGGCGAGUCUGUACAGACGAUCCAGCUCUUCCGCGGACACACUCCUCGUCUGCGCCAGCUCAAUCUCCAUCAUGUACACUGGUUCCCCGAACUACAGGUGUCGGCGCUGACCCAUCUGUCGGUAGACAUGUGUCGGUGGGACGAUUUCUUGGCCAAAGUAAUGGGAAUCAUAGCGUCUGCACCUGGUCUCAUCGACCUGGUGCUCAGCGCGGUCUCGAGCACCACACCCGACGUCGAAACCCUGAACACGUCGUAUCCUGACUACUCCGUGUCCUUGCCAUAUCUUCAGAGGCUCCAUUUGCGCUACGUCGUCACCGAAGAGGCCGCCCUCGACGCGCACCACUUCACGGCGAACGUGCUGCCUACUCUGACCAACCUCCCAGUGACGAAGACGGUCACCCGCGCAUCCAUCGCGAUGAUGCCUGUCGUCAACGACCACCAUUUCAUGAUGGCGCAGCUCACGGGGGUGAGCGACGUAGCCGGCAUCCUCUGCACUCCCGUAGGGCUCCGCAGCGACCUCGCCCCGGUGGCCUCUAUCCUUCCCGCACAACAGCUCCGCGAGCUCUGGCUGAUGUUGGUUCCGACCCACGAAAUCGUGAUUAUGGCCGGUGGGGACCCAGAUUUCUUCCCUGCCUUCGUACUGGACCCCGACGCGCUGCGGGAGACUUUGAGGCCCAUGGCGGCGCUCGAGACGCUCGUGGUGUGGAGCACUGUCCUGCCGAGCGUCGUUGAGGCACUGGUGGACCACGGCGCGAGGGCGUCCCGGCCGUUGUGUCCCAAACUGUCCUGCGUGCGCGUCGUGUUAACCCGCAGUACACCGGCACCGCAGGCAGAGGAAGCCGUCUCACUGCUCGAUGCGCAGCAAGACAUCUUGCGCUUGGCCCGCGUGCAGAUCAACUAUCUCCCGAAGUACGCAGGCGAGAAGGUCGAGAGGACGGAGUUCGACCACCACUUCCCCUCGAUCGAGUACGUUACGCUGGACCACACGCCCACCAUGGAGAUGCCGCCCGUGUGCAUGCACGAGGCACACGCCCGGUGGACAGGGUGGAAGGUUGACGACGACGGAGUGCAGAUCAGAGAGGACGGGGAGCUCCGCGAGGACAUGUACAAGUCAUGA